GGGCAGAGUGCACAUUGGGAAAACAUUUUCAAAGGUGCUCAUCUUCUACAGCCAGCAGCUCUCCGUUACAGCGACACUCCUUUCCAAACGACAGCAGCCAUGGCCGAGAGACAUAUUCCGUUCGCCCUCCUCCGCACCCCGAGCUGGGACCCGUUCCGCGACUGGCAGCAGAGCCGCAUCUUCGAUCAGACCUUCGGCAUGCCAGCGCUGCACGAGGAUUUCCCCACAUUCCCAAGCACCCACUGGCCAGGGUACCUGAGGCACUCCAUGAUGACGCCGGACAUGGGCACCAUGGGCGCCAUGAUGCCCCACGCCUCCAUGAUGUACCCGGCCCCCCUGUUGGGGGCCCAUCAGGCUCGUGCCCUGACCCGCCAGAUGAGCACGGGCAUGUCGGAGAUCAAGCAGACCCAAGACAGCUGGAAGGUGUCCCUGGAUGUCAACCACUUCUCCCCUGAGGAGCUGGUGGUGAAGACCAAAAACGGCGUGGUGGAGAUCACUGGCAAGCAUGAAGAGAGGAAGGACGAGCACGGCUUUGUGUCCAGAACCUUUACCAGGAAAUACACCCUCCCCUCAUCGGCUGACGUUGAGAAGGUGUCCUCCUCCCUGUCCCCCGAGGGGGUGCUGACCGUGGAGGCUCCUUUGAUCCGACCAGCCAUCGAGUGCUCAGAGACCACGAUACCUGUUAACGUGGAAAGCAAGAGUGGCGUGGUGAAGAAGUAGGAAGAGAAGCAGGAUGGCGUCUCCCCUCUCAUAGAUAUUAAAAGAAUAAUUUUACCACCACAAACUGCUUCUA